GGCAUAAACAUUUCUAGGAAUUACAGGGGUCUUGUCCCUGGAGCUUUCAGACUUGCCAGACAAAAAUGUUUCUAACAAACAACCUAACAAACAACAUCAACAUUCUCCAACCGUAGACCUGUCACAUACCACCACCGAGAAGAUGCCAAUUACAAUUCUCCAACCGGCGCUAGCUCCGGUGCACAGCCACCGAAAUGAAAGCUACGAUUCCGAGUCCGAUUCGGACGGCGGUGUUGAUCUAGAAGGAGACAUCUCCAUGCGCCCGGCGAAGCGAGCUCGACGAACAGGCGACGACUCGAUCGUGACGCCCGGCGAAGUGAUCACGGAAGAUCCCCAGUGGAUGCGCGGCCACGGCACAUACACAACCGCGGACCCCCCCGCGAUAAUAUCCUCCGUAGCAGGAACCCUCUCGAAAACCAACAAGCUCCUGUCCGUGCGGCCCCUCCGCGCGCGCUACACCCCGGAGAUCGGCGACCUGGUGGUCGGGCGCAUCGUCGAGGUGCAGGCGAAGCGCUGGCGCGUGGACGUCGGCGCCUCGCUGCUCGCGCAGCUGCCGCUGAGCGCCGUGAACCUGCCGGGCGGCAUCCAGCGGCGGCGCACGGAGACGGACGAGCUGCAGAUCCGCACCUUCUUCAGCGAGGGCGACCUGCUGGUCGCCGAGGUCCAGCAGCUGUACUCGGACGGCGGCGCCGUCCUGCACACCCGCAGCCUGCGCUUCGGCAAGCUGCGCAACGGCGUCUUCAUGACCGUCAGCGGCACCGGCGGCGGCGGCGGCGUCGUCCGCGCCAAGCGCCAGACCUUCGUCCUGGACGUGGGCCGGGCCGCGGGAGGGGGCGGGGCGGCGGCCGACGAUUCGGAGAAGAUCGACGUGGUUCUGGGGGUGAACGGGUACAUCUGGGUGAGCAAGCACGUGGAAGGGGAGGGCGCGGCGGCGGAGGGCACGGGGCCGGGGAUCACGAGGAUCGAGGAGAGCGUGGGGCUGAACGUGUACUCGAGCCAGAACGACGCGAUACCGGCCGGGACGAUGCGGGAGAUCGCGCGCGUGCGGGGCGUCAUCAAUGCGCUUGUCGAGCAUGGCUUGCGCGUCGACGAGGAGAUGGUGAUUACCGGUUACCACGAGGCGGUCGAGAUGGCGAGGGCCGACGGCGACAGCGAAGAGACGCUGUACCUGGGAGGCGAGAGGGGGAAGAGGUUGGCAGACAGCCUAGUGGGACGGUAGUGACGGUCUAAUGUUAAUAAAGAUGGUCGUCGAUAAAGACAAUGGCUAUGAGUCUGCCACAUCGUGAGAUGAUUGAUGAAUCUUAAGGAUCGUCACCUCUGAAAUAAUACAUCUUAGAGAAUGCCUAGGUACGUGCUGUAAAAAUU